CACUGAGUGAAGAUCUGAGCUGUGUGACGGAGCCCGGGCGCUGCUGCGAGUUCACUGCUCAACUGAAGCCGAUCAUCUCACAGGUGUCAACUUUUCACUGCAGUGCCAUGUCCACAUUAUGGAGCCCUGGUGUUGCAGGGGCAGGUUCUUCCUCAUGCUCGCCCUCCUCCUCCUCGUCCUCCUCCACGGACCCUGCUGCAGAAGACCCUGGUCACCAGCACCUGUUCUCGGUGUCCAGCUCCUCUUCCCGUCAGGCUCGACAUCUCCUGCAGCGACCUCUCCUGCGCUUACGGACCUUCAGCAGCUCCGUGAGACGCCGCCGGAGGGAGAUGACCCCCGACGACAUGAAGGACUCCAACUACUGGGACAAGCGACGAAAGAACAACGAGGCGGCGAAGCGGUCCAGGGAGAGGAGGAGGCUGAGCGACCUGGUGCUGGAGGGCCGGCUGCUGGCCCUGAGCCGGGAGAACGCACAGCUGCGCGCCCAUGUGCUCAGUCUGCAGUACCAGAGUCUGAGAGCAGGGGAGGCCGAAGCUGCGGCUGCUGCAGCCUCCACCUGGUCCUCUUCACCCGCUCUCACCCCUGCUCACCUCCCGCCAGGACUUUGCAUGAGCACCCCUGGGUUUCCUGUCCUGGGUGCGAGGCAUCAGGAAACAGCCAGUCACCCCUUCCCUUGUUUCGGCUCCAAUAAAGGUGCUGCUGCUUUUAGUCCACCGGGGUCAGCUGAGGCAGAGAUGGAUGCCCGGCGUCAGGGCCAGGUCUCCUCCAGCGAGGACAUCCCCACCUCCAGCCACGACUCCGCCACCCGCGCGCAUGGCGCCCUGCACCGAGCCUCCACCCCGUCACACACACCUGUCGACAGGCUACUGCCCCACCCGAGUCCCUCUGCCAAGUGUGAUUGUCUGCUGCUGCCCUGGUGGUCCUACUACGGACCACGGCCCCCCCUCUACCACCAGCAGAGACAGGGCCAGGGCGCCGGGGUGGAGGCGGACUUUAGGAGCCGGGUCAGCAGCGCUGCAGCGGGGCUGUCUCAAGUCGUAAUGCACCUCAGUCCUGAUGGACGCUAUUAUUGAUGUCGAAGUAAUAUUUAGUAUUAUCAACUAAAAUCAAAGAGGAUUUCUAAUUUGAUACGAACGGAUGCAAACCUGUUCACUUGCCAUAAUGAAAACAAGUAAAGAAAACAACACGAGUAUAUUACAUUGUAAAUUUACUCCAUUUAACUUUAUAACAACAAGACUGUCAUAAUGAUAUUUUGACAAUAAAUGAUAAAAAAUAUAUUUUCCUGAUCUGUCCUUGUCAUGAUUGUCAAGGGACUUUGAGGAGAUAAAUCUAAUCACAGCUGGAUUUCUACCAUUUAUCUGAGCCCUGCGGUGAAACUGGCUGUUUGUUGGUAUUUCCCUUUAU